UAUUCUCCAUCUUUUUAAAAAAAAUAUCAGCAAAGGAAACCUUGAAGAUUUUUGUUGCAACUUUGUGACAUGGCCUUACUUGAAUUUUUCACGAGAAAAGAAUAGCAAACGAGUAUUAUAACACACGAGGCACCAUGAAAGACUAACAUUUCCGCCAAAAUAAUCGAGACGACAAGGACGACAAUGGCGCGAAUUGCCGCCAUUACCAAAUUAAUUUUUCAAGUGUUGCCACAUUAACUCCAAUAUUUAAAAAAUUCUCAUUUUAUUUUCCAAAGAAUUUAUCAAAAUUUUUUCUGACUAAUCGGAGCUGCUGGAUAAUAUCAUCAGACACACCAUUUUGUGUGUCAACCUGCAAUAUACGUCAAGGUAUUAAUUAGUUUUGACUUUAGUGUUCAAGUUAUAUAUCCAGCCAGGUGUAUAAAUAGCUUAAGCCUUAACACACAGCCAGAGCUAGUCGCUCAUCAAAUUAGGCUUGUAUAAUUCAACACGACCGUCUAACUUUGGGCUCUCCUGCCUUAUUAGUAACAGGUCCUUUUUAAAAUAAAUUCAAGUUUCAUCUAGACUAUGAUAUUAUACUUGACUCUAUACUGCCUCUACUAUAACUCGGGUGUUGUACACAUUCAUGCGCAUUGCCAGCAGGCAGCAGCCAACGUGUGGAAUAACAGGCGGUGGGGGGUUAUAACAUUUGGACAGUCGCUUCUCAGUUGCCGUUGGACUCGCAUGUCAUCUGCUGCUGCUCUAACUGUGACCAAAUAAUAUCGACCCAAAUUAUUAUUACCAAUCAUUUCAAACAUGUCGACUGAUUGGCCCCGGCGGCGACUGCCGAAUUCAAUCAAAUCCUACUUGAUACUGAUGAUCGCCAUCAAUAACUUCUUGGCGGUGGCCGACGGACUCAAAUUGCUUCAAGUUUCCAUCCCGCCGCUCAAACUGACGGGCCAAACUGCACGACUCGCUUGUCUAUACGAUCUGGAAGGAGAUGCUCUUUACUCCAUUAAAUGGUACAAAGGCGGCCGUGAAUUCUUCCGCUACGUCCAGCGUGAUCAACCGCCAAUGCAAGUUUUUCCCGUCGAAGGCGUAACAGUCGACAAAAGCCAAAGUGAUCAGUUCCAAGUGACGUUGAUUCAAUUAACUGUCGCAUCCGCAGGUCGCUACAAAUGCGAAGUGUCGGUGGACGCCCCAUCGUUCCAGACGUCGUUCAGCACCGUCGAAAUGAACAUUGUCGCUCUGCCUGAAUUUGGGCCCCGGAUCACAUCGAAAGGAAUUUUGGCAUUCGAUUCGAAUUUGGCUAAUAAAAAUGGCAACAACAAUCACCGGUCGCUUCAUUCCUAUUAUUCGAAAAGGAUGACGUCAUCGGCAACAUCAGCAGACGACGAUGAAAUUCAAAUCAACUGCACGUCGAAUCGUUCCAAACCGGCCGCCGAACUUCAUUGGUACGUCAACGGUUUCAAGGUGAAGGGAGAACAUUUGAUGGAGUACGCCCCGUUCAUCGACGACGAUGGACACAAUUCGACAAUGCUGGAAACGUCCGUGUUGGGACUCGUUUGGAAAUUGCCAUCUGGCGGUGCUCACGGAGAAACGUUAACCGACGCUGCUGACUCGAUUGUUUUCAAUUGCACGGCCGCCGUCGGCUCCGUCUAUUGGAGCUCGACGGCUCUGACGCUCAGUCCCGAGCCGGGAGUCAACGUCAAAUCCCGGCCCAUGUUGAUGUAUCACGGGAGCCAUCUGUCGGCCGACGCCCUACCUACUACCAGUCGCAAGUCGACGACGCCCUUCAGCAUUCUUCUCUCUUCAUUAUUGAUCCUCACAGCUCAUUAUUAACUAAACGAUUUUAUAAAACGAUGAAAUAUUUUGAAAUUUAAUCGAAUUUCAUUUCUAUUUUCCGGAAUUUUUGUACAUACACGUCCCCUGAUUCUUUUUAAAACUAUUUCUUUUAUCCGACAUUAUUUUUUCUCUGUUCAAAUUUCAAACUAAUUCAAUAAUCUUUGUAAAUCAUUUCAGUCAUUUCAUUUUGAUGUGGGUAAUUUCAUUCCAACGUAAAACCGAUGAAACGUCAUCGACAAUUUGUAUAUUUUAACUCGGCAGCACAUGUAUGCGCACAUUGUUUGAUAAACGAAUAAUAA